UUGCCCGCUGACCCUGCUCUGCUAUUGGCUGAGCGCUCCUCUCACACUCUCGGUAGGGCUGGUGCUUGCAUUGCAAAGACGCUCCGUGUUGGUGGCAGUAAAAGUUUCGCUUCAGGAAAAACCUGGCAUAUUUUAGUACAAACUGCGCUUGUUUUAGUAAAGUUUGUCGUGUUUGGAGGCGGCCGUGCACGCCCAGCCUAAAAGGACGUUCUGCGAAACUAAGAACCAGGAAUGUCUUUGAAAAACGUAAGAGACAGAAACGACAGCAACCAAAUGCGGGACCUGUUAAACCACGCACCGUCGUCCGGGCCCCAGGAGCCAGGGGAUUUACCAAGGGGAGAAAACAGCAAGCCACCCCCAAAGGGGUCCGCUGCUGAAGAGGAGAGCGACAGGGACAAGGAAGAGAAGAAAGGGGGAGAGGAGGGGGAGAGGAGGGGGGAGCCGAUGAGAGAGAGGGAGGAGCGGACGAGAGAGAGGGAGGAGUGGACGAGAGAGAGGGAAGAGCGGACGAGAGAGAGGGAGGAGCCGACGAGAGAGAGGGAGGAGCCGCGGAGAGAGAGGGAGGAGCGGACGAGAGAGAGGGAGGAGUGGACGAGAGAGAGGGAAGAGCGGACGAGAGAGAGGGAGGAGCCGCGGAGAGAGAGGGAGGAGCCGACGAGAGAGAGGGAGGAUCCGAGGAGAGAGAUGGAGGAUCCGACGAGAGAGAGGGAGGAGCCGAGGAGAGAGAGGGAGGAGCCGACGAGAGAGAGGGAAGAGCGGACGAGAGAGAGGGAGGAGCCGACGAGAGAGAGGGAGGAGCGGACGAGAGAGAGGGAGGAGCGGACGAGAGAGAGGGAGGAGCCGACGAGAGAGAGGGAAGAGCGGACGAGAGAGAGGGAGGAGCCGAUGGAAGUGGGGGUCAGCCCCAGCGGGGGGGCAGUGUGGCUGGGGGAGGAGCUGGCGUUGAUGAGGAGAGGCCUCGAGUACAGAGAGGACCCAGGAGAGCUGCAGUUUGGACCCAGGCACACCGUGCUCAUCAACCUUCUGGAUUUCAAAAAGGACAAGAAGCUGCGGCCGCAGCCUGGAUCCAAUUUGUGGAACAGUGACCACGUUAAAAUGCCAAACUCCACGAGGAACACGUUCAACAAGCAAGGGAUGUUUGGGAGUGACGAAAAACUUCGUUGGGAUUUGAUAAAAAAGAAGCUCAGCAAGCUGUCAAACGUCACUAAAUCUGAAACCAUCGAGGAGGUGAUCAAGUCCUACAAUGUGAAUUACAAGACCGAGUGGAAGUUUGAUGCGCUGCACAAAUACUUUGAGACUGAGGAGCCUAAGCGUGAGCUGUUUAGAGUUGUGAAGGCCAUGGCUGAACUGGCUCUCAAGCUACCAGACAUCUGCCCCAAAGCUAUCCCCCUCCUGAAGCAGGGCACGUCUCACUCCCUCACCCUGUCCCAGGAACAGAUCUCCUGCCUCCUGGCCAACGCCUUCUUCUGCACCUUCCCUCACCGUAACUCCACCCACCCGCGAGCCGAGUACAGCAACUACCCCGACAUCAACUUCAACAGGCUGUUUGGAGAAAGUUCAAAAAGGAAGCAACAAAAACUGAAGACAAUCUUCCAGUACUUCAGGAGUGUUACAGAGGAGCCUCCGCAGGGUCUGGUGACGUUCGAGAGACGAAGCCUUGCGGGACGAUGUGACUGGAAACGCUGUGAUUCCAAAAUCAGUAAACUUCACAUCACUUCAAUGGGCACAAUUGAGAAGGAUGGGACGGGAAUGCUCCAGGUUGAUUUUGCCUGUGCGAUGGUCGGCGGGGGGGUUCUGGGUUCUGGUCUGAUUCAGGAGGAGAUCCGGUUCCUGACCCACACGGAGCUCAUCGUGUCUCGACUCUUCACUGAGAAGCUGGGCGAUUGUGACGCGCUGUGCAUCACCGGGCCCCAGUGCUACAGCGAGUACUCCGGCUACAGCGACACGUACAGCUGGGACGGGCCUCACACAGACACCACAGACAGGGACAGGUGGAUGAGACGCUGCACUAAGAUCGUUGCCAUCGACGCCAUCAAAUUCAAAAAUGAACAGCAGCAGUUUGAGAUGAAAAACGUGGACAGAGAGCUCAACAAGGCGUACUGUGGGUUCAAACCCCGAGUUCAAGCACAGUGCUACCUCCCUGUGGCGACUGGGAACUGGGGCUGUGGAGCCUUCAAUGGAGACAUCAAGCUGAAAGCUCUCAUCCAGAUAAUGGCGGCCUCCAAGGCGAGCAGAGACAUCGUGUACUUUACCUUCGGCAACGAGGAGCUGGUGCAGGAGAUCUGGGACAUGCACAACUUCCUGCAAAAACAGCACUUCACAGUCGGUAAACUCUACAGUGUACUGGAGACGUACUGUGAAAGAAAGCGCUCCUGUUCAGCAGGGGACCUGUAUGAUUUUAUCUACCACUCCUACGCGGAUUUGAAAAGCAAACAUUAAAACAGCAGGCAAUCCCAGCCAGCCAGUUAACACGCAGCCUCUGAAUGCCAGUGUCCGGGUCUGGGUUUGAUAACUGAACCGGGGGGUCAAGUGACCCGACCGAAAGGGUUCGACGCGGUCAAAAAGAAAUGGCCUGAAAGAACAUUUAAAGAUACAGCUACUCCCUGACAACCCUAAACUACUUCCAAAUUUUAAACCGGUAUGAUUGACUGGGAAUAAAUCAUUAAAAAAGAGGGGGCAAUAUUAAUAUAUAAUGAAUGAUUAUUUUAAAACCUGAAUGCUUUGGCGCAGGAGUCUUUGUGAAGGAGAAGAAAUAACAGAUAAUGCAUACAUGACUGCAGUACACAGACAGAGACAGGAUGCUUUUGAUUUUCUGUUCAUGUUACAUUUUAUUCUUUGAUAUAAAUAUAUAUAAAUAAAUACUAAUAUCCACUAACUUCAUGAUUUAAUGAAGCUUCUUGACUUGUAUUGCUAAGAAAUAAAUAAUAAUAAUAAUAAGGGUAAGGUAUAGGGAGGAUGCAGAUUCAUUUUCUCAAGCGAUCACUGCCUCCAAUCAACUACACAGAACUCCUGUAUGUGUGUAACUGUGUGCUGUACACUGUGGUGUUAUCCAUGCAAAUAAACAACACUGUGUAAAUACA